GCCGCACCGACGCCGGCCGUCGAGGGCGCCGCGGGCGUGCAGCUGACGCCCGAGACGUGGGAGGCGCAGCUCAAGUCGGGCGCGUGGUGAGUUGGCGGCGAAGCGACGGUGCUUGGGCAUGUGCUGCAGGAGCGGCACGCCGUACUGCUUGAAUGCACAGUGAUGGCUGUGACACCUCGCAGCGGGCGACGCUGUUCCGCAGUGCUGCCGUGGCUGGGCGUCUCGCACCCCCCUCGGCCCUUCUUCUCGCGCUCCACUGCGCCUCCUCGCUGACACACCCUUGUGCAGGUUCAUACAGUUCCUCUCGCCCGCCUCGCCGCGCUGCCGCGAGCUGGCGCCCGUGUGGGAGAAGCUCGUGGCGGGCACGGAGCACCUGGCCUCGCGCUUUCCGGCGGCACCGCUGCGGUUGGGCAGCGUCGACUGCAUGGCGCAUGCGUCGCUGUGUGCGCGCGAGGGCGUGACGCAGCUGCCGUGGCUCAAGGUCUACCGCGAUGGCACGCAGCAGCCGGGCGAGUACCCAGGCGACCGCGAGUACGGCGACCUCUCGCUCUUCGUCGAGGCCGAAGCGCUGGCGUACCGCACUGCUCGCGCGGCCGUCGACCCCAAAGCGGUGCAGGAGCAGCCUCCUGCCGCGCCGGCCCAGCCUGCCGCAGCAAACCCUGCGGCACCAGCGGCGCCUGCCGCUCCUGCUCCGGCCGCUCCUGCUGCUCCUGCGCCUGCUGCGCCAGCCGCUGCCGCACCUGCGCCUGCCGCAGCGCCGGCAGACCAGGCCAAGCAGCCAGACGCGGCUCCGCCUGCCGCUGCCGCACCGCCGGCCGCAGCUGCUCCUCCGGCCCCACCAGCGGCCGCCGCACCACCGCCGCCACCGCCGCCGCCGCCGGCUCCGGCGCCGGCACACGGACCUGCUGGGCCGAACCCCAACGGCGAGCUGCUUAGCUUCGGCAAGGCGCCGCUGGAGAACGAUGCGGCGCUGCAGCAGUGGCUGUCCAAGGAGGGAGGACGCGGCGCUAGCUUUGUCAAGUUCUUUGCGCCUUGGUGCCCGCACUGCCGCGCGAUGGCUCCCGCCUUCAAGCAGCUGGCCGGCUCGCUGCGCUCGCGCGUCAACGUCAUCGAGGUCGACUGCGAGAAAUACUCGGCGACGUGCCGGACGUACCGCAUUCAGAGCUUCCCGACGCUGCGCAUGUACAACGAGGGCGAGGCGACCGAGUACCACGGCGGCCGCAACCACGAUGCCAUGCAGCGCUGGGCGCUCAAGGCGGGUGCUGGACAUGGGCUUCCGGAGAUUGACGACCGGGAGCUCGGCGAUCGUGCGCGCGAGCAGGACGUGCUGUUCCUGUAUCUGCACACGGCCGGCACGCCGCAGCGCGAGAUGGAGGCUGUCGCGCAUGCCUCGCGCGUGCUGCUCACCACGCCUGCGCACCUGUACCGCUCCAGCUCGCAGCUGCUGCUGGACCGCUACAAAGCGCGUCUCACGCAGGGCAGCAGCACGCCCGGCGCCGGCGCCGCCGAGGCGCUCAGCGGCCUCCUCGUGUUCAAGGACGGCAAUCUGGUGCGCCCCGCCGAUGCCUUCUAUCCCUCGCGGCUGGCUGCCGGCCUGUCGCUGGAGCAGUCCUCCGACGAGGUGGGCGCUUGGCUCACUGAGCAGCGCUUUGCGAGCGUGACGGAGGUGACGGGCACGACAUUCAGCGAGGUCAUGGAGAACAAGCACGGCGCACGGGUCGUGCUGGCUGCGCUCUCCGACAUCAACCACGAAGGCACCACGCUCAGCACGGGCAGCGGCGCCGCCGUGCGCGAUGCCGAGCUGGCGACGCUGCGCGAGCUGGCCAACCUGGCGCGCGACGUGCCCGGCGGCGUCAGUGCGUCGCCGCGCAAGGAGGCGCCGCGAGUCAUCUUUGCGUGGAUCGACGCUGACCGAUGGGCGAGUGCGCUGCGCAAGUACUACAACAUCAAGCCCGAGCGGCUACCGCGUCUCAUCCUCGCCGACGGCGCCACGCUCGAGUACUGGGACCUGCCCUCGAAGCCCGUGCGCCUCGACCACGCCGUGCUGGCCGACGACGCCAAUCUGGCCGAGGCGACGAAACGCGCGCGCUCCUGGCUCAGCCCGCCCGACGUGCUGCGCGCCCUCGACGACCUUGCAAAGGGCCGUGGCGGCAAGAGCCGCAGCAGCCGCACGUACAUCGACCGCGGCGUUCGGAAUGCUGGCGGCGCGAUUGAGAACCUCUUCGAGGCCACGCUGCGCCACCCCUUCCUCAGCUUCGUCUUCCUCGCUGCGCUGGCCGCGGGUCUGGCGGCCUACAUGCGCCGCGCCACGGGCGCCGGCCUUGCCGGCCCGCGACUCGACGGCAAGUUCGACUGAGCAGGUACGCGCGCUGCCACAGCCUCCAUCCGGUGUGACGCGCCGAGGUCCACGUCCUGCCAUGGACGAAUGUCAUUCUUUAUUGCAUCGGGACA